UUCCUUCAACUCAUAAAAAAAAAAAAAGGGAAAAGAAGAAUAAAAUCUUUAUACUAUUCCAUCUUCUCCCUUGGCUAGCUCUUAGCUGUCUUAUUGAAUUGGAAGAAUUGAUCAUGGGGGUGCCAGAGACAGACCCAUUGGCUCAAUUGAGCUUGCCACCAGGGUUUCGGUUCUACCCAACUGAUGAAGAGCUUCUGGUUCAGUAUCUGUGCAGGAAAGUUGCUGGGCAUCAUUUUUCUCUACAAAUCAUUGGAGAAAUCGAUUUGUACAAGUUUGAUCCUUGGGUUUUACCAAGCAAGGCCAUAUUUGGUGAGAAAGAAUGGUACUUUUUCAGUCCUAGAGACAGGAAGUAUCCCAACGGAUCACGACCCAAUAGAGUCGCUGGAUCAGGGUACUGGAAGGCCACCGGGACUGACAAAGUUAUCACAACCGAAGGUCGUAAAGUUGGUAUCAAGAAAGCUCUGGUUUUUUACAUUGGGAAAGCACCCAAAGGGACUAAAACGAAUUGGAUUAUGCAUGAGUAUAGACUCAUUGAAGCUUCCCGUAGAAAUGGAAGCACCAAGUUGGAUGAAUGGGUUUUAUGUCGAAUAUACAAGAAGAAUUCGAGUGCUCAAAAACCAUUACCGAACGUUUCAAGCAAAGAGCAUAGCAACAAUGGCUCUUCUUCUUCUUCUUCUUCCCAACUCGAUGACAUGCUCGAGUCAUUUCCCGAGUUAGACGGUCGUUUCUUUGCUUUGCCACGUAUGAACUCGUUGAAAACGCUUCAAAACGAUGAGAAAACGGGGUUCCACAAUCUGGGUAGUGGGAAUUUAGAUUGGGCGAGUCUUGCAGGGCUUAACUCGGUGCCCGAGUUGGUACCCAGCGGCACCCAGACUCAGAGUCAGGGGAUCCCCAGUUAUGGGAAUAAUGACGUCUGUCCAACAAUGCAGCCUACACUAUGCCAGAUGGACACAUCAACAAAUAAGAUUGGUAACUCGGCGGACGAAGAGGUACAAAGCGGACUCAGAACCCAGCGAGCUGAUAACUCGGGGUUUUUUCAGCAUAACUCGAGUGUCUUGACUCAGAACUUCUCUAACCCGAUUGAUCCGUAUGGGUUCCGGUACCCGACUCAUCCGCUUGGCUUUGGGUUUAGACAAUAAGGCAGCACCAAAAAAAAAAAAAUGGAAAAGGGCAGAGAAAUAGCUAGGGACAGGAGAGGAAUUUCAGAAAUUUGUGUAAAUAUUUGGAAUUCUUUUGGGCCAACCUUAAAGAAAGAGAAGAUUGGGGAGGUUUCUGGAGUUGUGGAAAUAGCAAAAAUUAAAAAUGGGCAAAAUUAGAUAUUUUGCUCUUAUUUUUUCUUCUUUUCAGGCAGCUAGCUUAGAUGGUAGAUAUCCAUUGUACACAAUUCAAAAUCUUUUGCUCAAGUUAUUUUCCAAAAUUUAAUUUAGCAAGUGAUUUUCUAGCACAAUGUUCAUAAGGUAUAAUCUCGGUACCAUAUUGUCGGUAUCGAAAAAAAUUUAAUAAACAUCGUCGGCAUCUUCGUAAUC